ACCUCACUAGUCACUCCACGCGGUCUCCAUUUCCCUGAGGAGAUGGAGUGGAAUCUAAUCCACGCGUCGGCGGCUACUUCCGCCGCCGGAAAGACCGCCACGGAAGCGGGACUCUUCUAUCGGAGCCGGUAUAAGUUCUGGGCCCUCGCUGCCAUUCUUCUCCUCGCCUUCUGGUCUAUGCUCGCCGGCACUGUCACGCUGAAGUGGUCCGCCGGAAACCUCAACGGAAUCUCCGGUGAUUCAUUAUCCCAGGAAGAUCUUGACGUGCUGGAAGUGGAGGAGAGGGAGAAGGUUGUGAGGCAUAUGUGGGACGUGUACACGCACAGCCAGCGGAUUCGAUUACCGCGUUUCUGGCAGGACGCCUUUGAGGCCGCAUAUGAGGACCUUGUCAGCGAUGACGGACAAGUGCGGGACGCAGCAGUAACCGAAAUCGCCCGGAUGUCCAUGAGGAUGGUCGAUCUUGAACCGCCGCCUCGCAAGUCCAAGAAAUCAAAAGUAGAGCUUAAUCAAACCGAUAGAGAUGGUACGGCAAACUCAAAGUCGUCAUUAUCAUCGUCUGUGGAGACCAGAUAAACUUAUAAAGACGCCAUGGCUUCCAAUUUUCAAUUGUUUAUUUACAUAUAGAAUAUAGCUUUGCUGUUCGCGCUUAAGGCCUCUUUCUGCAAAAUGCUAGGAAGCUAUGGCCAGUGGAGCAGUAGUGCCUAUUGUAACCCUUAAAAUUCAUCUACUAUUGAGUAAAACAAUCAAAGCCCUGGAGGAAUGCGCCUAAGUUUCUCAAUGUAAAAUCAUUCGAAUUCAAAAUUUUCAAGUGUAAAGUAUAACGAUGGAUCUGAUAGUUUUAUAUGGAUACGUUCGUUGUUGCCUUCUUUCGUUGAUGCAA